UUUGCAAAGCGCCGCAUUGCUCUAAAGAUACUCUACAUGGGUUGGGAUUACAGUGGCCUUGCUCGCCAGGAAGUGAAUAAAUCCACAAUCGCAGAAAAACUACUUGACGCUUUUACCAGGUGUCGAAUGCUUGAAAAUUCAAGCACCGCUGGAUUUGCCGUUUGUGGUCGCACGGACAAGGGUGUUAGUGGCCUAUCUCAAGUUGUUACCUUAACCCUGCGGUCUAAUGUUCAUUCUGGCAUUGGCGUUAUUUGUCCAGAAAACACUGAUGACUUGUAUCCUGAAAAACCAGAAUACGACUACGUGUUCAUAGGAAAUAGGAAUCUUCCUCCAGAGAUUCGAAUACUUGCAUGGUGUCCGGUUCCACUUGAAUUUAGUCCAAGACACGAUUGUACCAGUCGAUCCUACAAAUAUUUUUUCCCUGCUGCUGACCUCAACAUUGAUAUCAUGCGGAAAGCGGCUGCAAAACUGGAGGGUCAGCAUGAUUUUCGGAACUUUUGCACUUCUCAGGUUGCCAAUGGAGUCGUUAAUCAUGAACGUGUUAUUUACAGUGUAACAAUUUCCGACAAAGAUGAAGAUAAAACCGAUCCCCGACGCUUCUGCUGCCUAGACAUUCGAGGCAGCUCUUUCUUGUAUCAUCAAAUUCGAUGCAUAGUCUCCCUCCUUGUUACAAUUGGGCGGGGUCUUGAGCCCUCUGAGCUAAUCGACUGUCUCCUGGAUGUUCAACAGACGCCCGCUAAACCACAAUACCAAAUGGCUGAGCCUGAACCGCUCCUCUUCUUUGAACCUGAAUUUCAAAAUCUGGAAUGGCAAACUAGCCCAGCCGCUCAAGAAGAUAUUUUAAGAACUCUCCAAACGUUGUGGACUAAGCUUUCUGUAAGGGCUAAAGUCGCUGAAACCAUGUUGAAAACCGUUGAACAAUGCUCUCCGAAUAACUACACCUGGGCUAUUACACACGAGGCACCAUCAAUUGUAAGAGAAAAACGGAAGCCAAUUUUGAAAAGGUCUACUGAGGAAACUCUUGAGGAAAGAGUGAAGAAAUUAGAGGCUAAACGGGCUAACAUGCAAUGCCAAGAAGUCGCAGAUACGGGCGAAGAUGGGGAUUAA